AUGGGUACUGCCUACUGGUUAGAGGAUUUUUCAACAGACGUCGGCGUGGUGAUCUGUUCCAUUUUUGAUGACCCGAAUGAUCUCAUUCGAUUGGCUGCUGUCUCACACGCGUGGAAGCAUUUUGUGACUAGUAAUGGUUUCGUCAAGAAUUUGUUUCUGAAAAAAGCUGAUUUAGCUGAUACCGCCGGUGUCUGUUUUGAAUACAACAAAGAGAGCACAGCUUAUGCAUUACUGAUUAGGGCGAUGGAGUAUGCUAAGCUAUUUGACCUGACCAUUGAAGCAGUUUUGGCCUCUUCCACUCUUUCUCCUGAUUUCAGCAUUCAAAACACCUUACUAUCCAUGGAGAGUCGACAAUGGUCAAGCAAAGGACGAGAAGUGCAAUCUGGAACGGAGACUCUGACUUACAAUAUGCCCGAGUUGUACGUGAGUCUCCCUGGUUCUCCAACAUUCAGAGCACAACGUGUUCGCUUCUUCUUUGGCAGCAACGACGGAACCGGAUUCAAAGAGAAUUAUAGCACAGAGACUUACCAAAUACCCUCGAGUGGUCAGCUGGAGGUUAGGCUCCCAAUGCCUCUUCUUUGCAUCAACAAGCAAAUGGUCCUUGAGCUCUCCGAUUUUGUGGACAAGCACCCAUUUGAAGCACAAUACUACAUACGCGUGUCGAGAGUCCAAAUUCUCGGGGUAUCUCUUGCUGAUAUGUUUAGGACAAGGAUUUCGCCGUCGGGGCAAUUGGUGUUGGAUGCCAUCAGCUACUUGGACCCAAAGAUCAAGAGAGAUCUUAAUUAG